AUGGGCUGCGGGACAAGUAAAGUGCUGCCAGAGCCGCCGAGGAACUGCUACGUGGAUUUUGUGAAGACGGUGGUGAAAUGCAAGCCGAAGGUGUGCGAUGAGGGCCCGCUGAAGCCGGGGUCCAAAGGGGCGGCGAACGGGCAAAGCGAUGCGAGCUGCCCCGAUGGACCAAGAAGAACCAGAGGACCCAAGUAUAGAGCCAAGUUUGAUCCGAAAGUGACAGCAAGGUAUGAAAUCAAGGCUCUUAUUGGAAGAGGAAGCUUCAGCAGGGUGGUGAGAGUUGAACACAGAGCCACCAAACAGCCAUUUGCCAUCAAAAUGAUUGAAACCAAGGCUAAAGAAGGAAAGGAGGUGUGCGAGUCUGAACUUAAUGUGCUUAGGAGAGUGAGCCACUGUAAUAUCAUCCAACUGAUCGAGGUCUUUGAGACACAUGAUCGUAUCUACAUGGUGAUGGAACUGGCCACUGGUGGAGAACUUUUUGACCGUGUCAUUGCCAAAGGAUCAUUUACAGAGAGAGAUGCUACUAGGGUACUGCAGAUGGUUUUAGAUGGGGUCAAAUACUUACACACCUUGGGGAUUACGCACAGAGAUUUGAAACCAGAAAACCUUCUUUACUAUCACCCAGGAUCAGACUCCAAGAUCCUGGUCACUGAUUUUGGACUUGCCAAUUCUGGGAAUAAAGGUGGAGACUGGUCCAUGAGGACCACUUGUGGCACACCAGAGUACAUUGCGCCUGAAAUCCUGUUAAGAAAACCUUACACCAGUGCCGUAGAUAUGUGGGCUUUAGGUGUGAUCUCCUAUAUAUUGCUUAGUGGAGCUAUGCCAUUUGAGGAUGAAAAUCGGACAAGGCUUUACAGAAUGAUUCUCAAGUGCAAAUACAGUUAUGUAGGUGAGCCAUGGCCAAAUGUUUCUAACCUUGCCAAGGACUUCAUUGAUAGGUUAAUCACCAUAGACCCUAAUGAGAGAAUGGCAGCUGCACAAGCUUUGAAACAUCCAUGGGUUGUGACAAUGGCAGCUUCGUCCUCUAUGAGAAACCUCCAUCGGUCAAUCUCUCAGAACUUGAUGAGGAGAACAUCUUCCCGCUGUCAAAGCUCUAAGUCAGCGCAGUCUACCAAGUCGAGCCGUUCCAGCAAGUCACGUCGUUUACAUGAGAAGGAAAUCCGGGAGUUUAACCUAUGGUACCAGCACCAUAUUGAGCAUUAUUGGCUCCUUAUGCUGAUGUUGGCAGAGAUAAGAAGCCAGGACAGAGUUUUUGAGUUCAUGACAGUAAUUGUGGAUCUGGAAGUACCUGAUGCCAUAGAACAGUGA